AUGUCGGGCUUGCAACGUCGUAGAGUUAAUAAAAUAACAUCAGCAGAAGCCGAUGCAGAAAUUGAAUCAGCUGAUAAUACCACUAACAACAUAAAUAAUGUUAUAGAUAAUUCUGAUAAUACCAAUAUUAAUAACACCAGCAGCAGUGGAACCAAGAUUGCAUAUGAUCCGGAGGAAUUAAAAUUGAACAAUGAUGUCACCAUACCUAAGCUAACCUUGAUGGAAGAAGUUUUGUUAUUGGGACUAAAAGAUAGAGAAGGAUACUUAUCAUUUUGGAACGAUAAUAUUUCGUAUGCUUUACGUGGUUGUAUUUUAAUUGAGUUGGCUUUGAGAGGUAAGAUCAGAAUACUAGAUGACCCGGCUAGAAGAAGAUUUGAUUUAAGUGAAAGAUUAAUAGAAGUUGUUGAUGCAUCUAAAACCGGAGAAGUUUUACUAGAUGAAUCUUUAAAUUUAAUGAAGAAUGAUGAACCUUUAAGUAUAUCCAACUGGAUUGAUUUGUUAAGUGGGGAAACUUGGAACUUAUUAAAGAUUAAUUAUCAAUUGAAGCAAGUAAGAGAAAGGUUAGCCAAAGGACUAGUUGAUAAAGGUGUUUUAAGGACUGAAAUGAAAAAUUUUUUUUUAUUCGAUAUGGCUACACAUCCAGUUACCGACAAUAGUUGCAAAGAAGCUAUUAAACGUAGAGUUUUAAGUUUAUUAGUGUCUAGAAACUUAACACUAACUUAUAAUGACUAUUUUACCGACAAAGUAACUUUUAAAUUAUUGAGAACUAUUGCAUUAAUAUGUGGGGCUUACGGGGCCAAUGUUUUAGAAAAUGUUUUGACUACUUUAGAUUAUGAAAAAAGAGAUUUAGGUUUCCAGCGUGCCACUGAACUUUUGGAACAGUUCUCCCAAUGGCCAUUUGAUUUAAACAAACCUACUACAACUGGUGUAUCUGUAAAUUUAAAUAAAGAGAUUCAAGCAGAAAUGCUGGAGAACCCAGGUAAAGAUUUGUACUUAGAGUUAGUUGCUGGUGUUUUUGAGGUAUUUUCCCGUAUGGAUUCUUUGAUAUGA